AUGCACUUCUUCCACGCCGUCGACACGCGCUCGUUCUUCGGGACCAGUCACGUGACGGCGGCGCUGCAGGAGGCCCGCAGCACGACAUCUGUCGGCCUGCGGUUCCGCACUGGUCGCGGCGACGCCCUGCUGCUGCAGCCCCGCACCAACCCGCGCACGUUUCCGUUCAGGCGGCCCCGCACCAACCCGCGCACGUUUCCGUUCAAGCAGCCCCGCACCAACCCGCGCACGUUUCCGUUCCGGCGGCCGCCGCUUCAGAGCCACAACGCCGCCCACAGCCUCGCCAUGCAGCUCGCCGUGCUCUUCGCCCUGAUUGCGGCCGCCGCCGGCAGCCUAGUGGCGCGCCACGAGUGGGAGAGCUUCAAGCUGACCCACCGCAAGCAGUACGAGACGCUGGAGCAGGAGGCGCACCGGAUGGGCGUGUUCGCCGACAACAUGCGCCGCAUCCGUGAGCACAACGCCGCCGCCGCCGCCGGCCGGCACAGCUUCACCCUCGCCAUGAACCACUUCGGCGAUCUGAGCGAGGGCGAGUUCAAGGCGUACGUGGCGAAGUUCAACACGAGCCGGCGGGGGCGCGCCGCGCCGCGCCGCCUGCACCAGGUGUCGGCCGCGCGGCUACCGGAGGCCAAGGACUGGCGGGACGAGGGCGCCGUCACGCCCGUCAAGGACCAGGGCCAGUGCGGCUCAUGCUGGGCCUUCUCCACCACGGGCUCGGUGGAAGGCGCCACGUUCCUGAGCAGCGGUGCGCUCGUGUCGCUCUCCGAACAGAAUCUGAUGGAUUGUUCGCGACCGCAGGGCAACCUCGGCUGCCAAGGCGGCCUCAUGGACUCGGCCUUCGACUACGUCAUCGCCAACGGCGGCGUCGCCACAGAGGACUCUUACCCGUACGAGGAGCGCUCCAGCUUCCGCUGCCGCUACGAUGCUGCCGCUCCGGGCGCCAGCAUCUCCAGCUACAAGGACGUGCCGUCGGGCAGCGAGGAGGCGCUGCAGUCGGCAGUGGCCUUCGUCGGCCCCGUCUCCGUCGCCAUCGACGCUUCGCGCUUCUCAUUCCAGUUCUACUCGUCCGGCGUGUACGAUGAGGCGGCCUGCUCCAGCUCGCGGCUCGACCACGGCGUGCUGGCCGUGGGCUACGGCUCCGAGGCCGGUGCCGACUACUGGCUGGUCAAAAACUCGUGGGGCACCAGCUGGGGCCAAGCCGGCUACAUCUGGAUGGCGCGCAACAGGCGCAACCAGUGCGGCGUUGCUACCCAGGCGUCUUACCCGGUGGUUUAA